AUGACUUUCACUUGUCGUGAACGUUUGCUUGAGUGGGUUCAAAAUGAAGCUAGUAAACUUGGAUUUGACUUUGUGGUAGCAAGCGUCAUUUACGGACUUCAUAAUCACGCAUUGGAAACCAAGCUACACGGGCAUCCAAUUGUGUGUAGGCUAAAUCGCGAAGAGAAGGAUGCUAUUUCAGAAUUAUUGAUAAUCAAAGUUAUGCCGAGAAACAUACUUGCCGAUUUGAAGCGUAAAAGACUAGAUAGUAUUUCAAAUAUCAAGAAAGUAUACAAAGAACGUUACAAACAUAACAUCUCGAAAAUAGGUUCGAGGUCAGAACUGCAACAACUUUUGAAACUUUUGGGUGAUAACCAAUACUUUUCAACGUACAGAGCUUGUGAGGACAAUGUUACCAUUCGUGACGUAUUUUGGACUCAUCCCGAAAGUAUUAACUUGUUCAACACAUUUCCGACCGUUCUUAUAAUUGAUUCAACGUGCAAGACCAACAAGCAUAGGCUUCCGCUUCUAGAAAUUGUUGGUGUGACCUUUACAGACAUGACAUUUUCGGUUGGAUUCACUUUUUUGGAAUGUGAGAAAGAAGAUAACGUUACAUGGGCUUUGGGAAAUAGCAAAACUUUAUUGGUUGAUCAAAACAAUAUGCUUAGUGUCACCGUUAACAGCCGAGAUAAUGCUCUUAUGAACGCGGUCGGUACCGUCUUUCCGACAUCUCUACAAUACUUUAUCGGUAUCAUAUAA